AGGAUGAGAGACAAAGGAUCAUCAGCGCUUGGGCCGAUCGUCUGCUACACUUUCUUCAUCAUAACGAUCCGCCUCGUCUACGGAGAUCUCAGUUAUUCUUUUCCCGAAGAGAUGAAACCACAAUCUGUUAUUGGAAAUAUAGCAAAAGAUAUCGGUCUUGAUAUAAAGGCGUUGUCUUCUCGGAAAGCCCGUGUUGAUUUGGUUGGGACUCGGAAACGCUACUCUGACAUAAAUCUAAAUACCGGGGAUUUGAUCACACUGGAGAGAUUUGACCGAGAGAGCCUUUGCGGAAAGAAACCCUCAUGUGUUGUGAUGGUGGAUCUGUUGUUAGAAAACCCUUUGGAACUACAUCGUGUGAACCUCCACAUUCAGGAUGUGAACGACAAUGCGCCAAGAUUUAAAAAUAAUUUAAUUGACAUGGAGAUAAGUGAAUCCGCAGAUAAAGGAAACCGCUUUUCCAUCGAAGAGGCCCAUGACGCAGAUAUAGGCCAAAAUGCUGUUCAAAAGUACAGUCUUCAGCAAAAUGACUACUUUAUUCUCGCUGUAGACAGUAACAGAGUUGAACUGGUGCUCGAGAAUAACCUAGAUCGAGAAAAACAAAAAGAGAUCAAUUUGCUCCUGACAGCACUAGAUGGCGGCUCUCCUCAGAGAUCAGGGACUGUCGCAAUACACAUCACUGUGCUGGAUGCCAAUGAUAACGCCCCAGUGUUCAGCCAGACCGUUUACAAAGCCAGUCUGCCUGAAAACUCUCCAAAAGACACUGUGGUGGUUCAUGUCAGUGCUGCUGAUGCAGAUGAAGGGGUCAAUGGAGACGUGACUUAUGAUUUCGGCCAUGUAUCUGACGACGAUGUACAUAUUUUUGCAAUUGACCCAAAAACUGGAGAAAUAAAAGUGACAGGUGGGAUUGACUUUGAAGACAGGAGUUCAUUUGAGAUUAGAGUAAAAGCGAAAGAUGGUUUAGGACUCACAUCAUACGCUAAAGUUGUUGUAGAUGUUACUGACAUGAAUGACAACGAACCUCUGAUAGAUGUAAAAUCCCUGUCCAACCCAGUUCCUGAGAACAUCUCACCUGGUACAGAGGUGGGCAUCAUUAAUGUGCAGGACAGAGACUCUCAAAGUAAUGGACAGGUCCUCUGCUCCCUCCAGCAGGGUGUCCCUUUCAAGUUAGUUCCGUCUAUUAAAAACUACUAUUCUCUGGUGAGCACAGGACAACUGGACCGUGAAGUGGUGUCUGAUUACAACAUUACAAUCACUGCCACUGACGAGGGAUCUCCACCUCUGUCCUCCUCUAAAAGUGUUCAGUUGUCUGUAGCUGACAUCAACGACAACCCACCUGUGUUUGAGGAAGAGUCGUACAGCGCAUAUGUGAGUGAAAAUAACAAAGCUGGCUCCACUUUAUGUUCUGUUGCUGCUCGAGACCCUGACUGGAGACAAAAUGGGACCGUGAUUUAUUCACUGUUAGCUGGAGAGGUGAACGGUGCCCCGGUGUCCUCGUAUGUGUCUGUGAAUGGAGACACGGGGGUGAUCCACGCUGUGAGGUCGUUUGAUUAUGAACAGUUGAGGAGUUUCAAAGUGCAGGUGAUGGCCAGAGACAACGGUUCUCCUCCCCUGAGCAGCAACGUGACAGUCAGUGUGUUCAUAUCAGAUGUGAAUGACAACGCUCCUCAGAUCUUGUACCCCGCCCCGGAGGGCAACUCCUUCAUGACCGAGCUGGUCCCCAAAGCUGCACACGGAGGCUCUCUGGUGUCCAAAGUGAUCGCAGUGGACGCGGACUCCGGACAGAACGCCUGGCUGUCCUAUCAGAUAGUCAAAUCCACUGAUCCGGGACUUUUCACUAUCGGUGUCCACAGUGGAGAGAUCAGGACACAGCGGGACAUUUCUGAAUCUGACAGCAUGAAACAGAACCUGAUCGUGUCAGUGAAAGAUAACGGACAGCCCUCUCUGUCUGCCACCUGCUCCAUGUAUUUACUGAUUUCUGACAACUUGGCUGAGGUUCCAGAGCUGAAGGACAUUUCUUAUGAUGAGAAGAACUCCAAGCUGACUUCCUACCUGAUCAUUGCGCUGGUGUCUGUUUCCACCUUUUUUCUGACUUUCAUCAUUAUCAUCCUGGGUGUGAGGUUUUGUCGCAGGAGAAAGCCCAGACUGUUGUUUGAUGGAGCAGUGGCCAUCCCCGGUGCUUAUCUCCCUCCAAAUUAUGCAGAUGUUGACGGCACUGGAACUUUACGCAGCACCUACAAUUAUGACGCCUACCUGACAACAGGAUCUCGAACCAGUGACUUUAAAUUUGUGAGCUCUUACAACGACAACACACUGCCUGCUGACCAGACUCUGAGGAAAAGUCCAUCAGACUUUGCUGACGCAUUUGGAGAUUUGGAUUCAUCUGACGAGGUAUGAGCUGUU